GAUACCCCGGGUCACCUUCUUCCUGGAGGAGGGCGCUCUCAGCUCAGUUUUCAUCCAGUUUAGAAAGGUUAGAGUCUACUGUUCGGGUCCAGGAACUCAGCAAGACAGUUUCACGUUGUAUCUUUCCGGAUCCACAACAGACCAGGACACCACAGCACUGUGAGCAUCACACCACACUGUAUAGACAUGGAUUACACUAUUCGCGCAGCCAACGUGGAGGACUGCAAGGACAUAACGCGGAUGAUCAUGGAAUUGGCUGAACAUGAGAAAGUCACAGACCAUGUGAAAAUCACACAGAAAGACUUGGAGCAAGACGGCUUCUCCAAGAACCCGUUCUUCCAUGGGAUCAUCGCUGAGGUUCCUGAACAGCACAGAACCAAAGAAGGCCAUACGAAGAUAGGAUAUGCACUUUACUUCUAUUCCUACAGCUCAUGGAAGGGCAGGGCUGUGUAUAUGGAGGACUUGUACGUGAUGCCUGAGUUCAGAGGGAAGGGCAUUGGUAAAGCACUCAUGAGCAAGGUAGCGCAGCUGGGUCUCGCCGCUGGCUGCAACCUGCUCAACUUCACCGUUCUUGACUGGAACAAAUCAUCUGUGGACUUUUACCUCAGGCAGGGCUGCUCCAACAUCACAGCUGACUUGGGCUACCAGUAUAUGAGCUGCAGUGGAGAGGCUUUGGAGCGCCUGGCCCAACCUUAACCCAACACCGGGCUCAUGACCUCUUGACUUUUGUAACCAUGAGGUCAACUCACACAAUGCGGGGAUAGAGCGCCACUCAGAGGCCCCGUUCCAAAACUUGACAAUCUCAAACGUCGUGCUGAUUACUCAAAAAGCUAAUGUAUUAUAAUAUAAUAUAAUAUGACCGUUCGCUAAGCCCCACCUUCCUUAGUUGCUGUUGCUAUUGCUGUCAAGCUUUCCAUUCUGAAAUGGCACACACGCAGUUUACAUUGAUAAUGGUGGCAGAUUUACCGCUCAAAAUUCUGAAAACAAAAGGGGUUUUAUUUCACACAGAAGUUAACAAAAGCAGGCUUCUCAUUUCUAGUUAGCUAGUGUUAGCUUAUUGGUGAGUUGGCUGAAAACUGAGUCUACGAUAUUUUGAUAUUUCCAGCUCUUGCUUAUAAUGAGAACACUGUAAAAUGCACAUCAUGGCUACAUAAAUAAUAUAAUGCUAAAAAACUGCACCCAGGCAAAAGUUAGCAUCCUUUGCAGGUAAGGAGUAACUUUCCCUAGCUAGAUUAGCGCUGGGUAGUAAGCUAGUUAGCUGUAAGCUUGCGGCUUACAUAAGAGCAGAUAAACGCAGUGUUUAAUCUGUUUCUUAUUUUGUGUGUUGUUUGUAUUUUUUUGGUUUUGCGAAGGCUAAAAUAAAAGACAUGACCUUCCACACUCUUAAUGUACGGAGUAUCGCUCUUGUUAGCAUGCACACUGCGUCAACAUGUGGAGAAAUCCAAAGCUAGUAAGCUAUCACUGGACAAUCGCUGUUUGGGGAGGGGGUUAGCAAAUGGUCAAUUGCCUUAUAAUUUAGAGAGUCGAGGAUGCAGUUUUAAGUAUUGGAAUGGGGCCGGUGCAAUACAUUUAAUUAGUACAUAACUGAGGCACUGAAAUAUUGUGAGUGUUUUGUGAUUUUCCCUUGUGAUUUGUUAUGACCAGAGCACCUUUUUUUGUGUGAUUAGAUCAGAAACCUAACCCCUCUGCCUAAAGUGUGACAAAAAUGUAGAAGAUAUGGACAUGAGAAAGGUGUUUUUUGGAUUUUUGUGUGGUGGUGGUGGUGGUGGUUGGGAUUUUGAAGGAAAUUAGUCUUAACAUACAAUAUAAAAAAGUGAGUUUCUGGUACUGUAUCCCUUUAAAGAUGAAGAAGAUGACUAUGGCAACAGCGACCAAAGAGUCAGUCACCUCUUCCCUUGUCUUCCAGAUGAGGAGCUGUUGUGAAGCACAAUGUUGCAUUUGCACUAUUUUCUUCUUUUUAUGCUGUGUAUGUCUGUAGAGAGUUCUCCUCAUAAAAUUGUGCACUAAAUGAAUCAGUUGGACUCAACCAGAAACCUCCUUCCGUGCAGCCAAACAGAAACUCUUGGGGCUGGUUUCAAAGAAGUGGAUGAAGCCUAGAAUCAGACAAAAACAAUCCAUCUGGUGGAAUUUGAAAAAAAAGAAAAGAAAAUCUUGGAUCAGGCUCAGCCUGUGUCUUUGAACCUGUCCUGCUAAAAUGAGAGUGGCACAAUUCUGGUCUGCACUUCUGUUUUAUAUCCAGUCUGAUUUUAAAAAAGGGGGCUUUUGUAUCAUUUCCAGCAAUUUAAUGAAAACAGCCUUGAGUUGUGGGUUAUAUUUAGUUUGUUUUCUCUCACUCUAAACAAGAAAGAACCACUGACCUUUCUUUGUAACUUAUGCAGUUUGAGUUUCGGUUUAUACUUUGUUUACAAAAUGAUUUUGUGAAAAAUGUAGUUUUUAUUUUUUUGGAACAUCGAUGUGGAAAAAUACAUUUGAACGCCCAAAAAGUCAAUAUAGUGUCCAAGGGAACAUGGAGAGAUAUUUAUAUCCUCCCUUGUCUGCAACUUCCCAUCAGAAUGCCAGAGCCAGAGCUAUAAAUUAUACGACUUGUAACUCCGUUCCUAACAUGGAUCACAUCAAAGUUCAAACCUGAUUCCUGUCAGUCCCAGCUGAGAUCUCUACAAUAAAUCAGACAACUUUGAAAAAAAAACCUGUCGAAUAUUUCAGAUGGUUAUUCAGAUUCUAUUGUACAGGAUGUGUAUGUAAUCACUACACAGUGUAACAGUCAAUAUAAGUAGACAAGAGAAGUAUGAUGAUGAUGUUUUAGGCUCACUUCCACAUAUUUGGUGCUGUUUUUAGUUUAGCUUAGUCGUCAGGAAGAGCUGAAGUGUGUGUUUCCCAUUGUAUCAUAGAAGUUCUUAUUCAUAUGGUGGGGUGUUUCCAGUGUGUGCUAUACCGAUAUCCAUUUGAUGUCAAAAGUCAUGAACAGUCAUUGAUGUUUUCCGCCAGUAUAAGCAUAAGUUUUCAUGUGUGAUAUUGUGAUCUAGUGUCAAACUUUGUCAGGUUCUGAAAUGGUUAAAAAAAAUACAGUUUGUGUGAAAAGCUUGUGAAUCCAGAAAGUAAAUAGGUAAGCAUUGCAGAAUUCAUCCAUUGAGUUCAGAAAGGGCUUCAUUAAGAUCAAAUCAGUUCUCUCUACCCAAAUGGGAGCGGAAAAGCCAUCAGCUGAAGUUAAAACAGCAAAAUCAGCAAAAAUGGAUUCAUAAGUUUUUCACAUGAUGAAUCAGCGAGAAAUUUGAUGCUGUGAUUUUCCUCAAGCGGCCACAAAUAGUACCUUCUGGGGUUACCGAUACAGUAGAAAUACCAAAAGCCAUGUUACAUUUAGACCUUGUAUGUUGGUAUAAAGUUCGGUUUCAUAAAAGGUGCAGUUUUUUGUCAUUGUCACCCUUUCUUGAAAAAAAUAAGUUUCUUUUACUGUGAAUCUACAACGUAGUUGAUCAGAGGAAUAAAACUUGUAAGACUGCAAUUGAAUAAAGUGACGUGUGAAUGUGUAUUUUAA